AUGUCUUUGAAUAUCAAUAGUCAUUCAGGAUCAAGAAAUCACUCGCGUAAUCCCUCACCAAUGGUGCCACCAACUUCGAUAUUGAAGAAGGCUGUGAUUCCUCCGAAUAAUUCGGCACAGAAUAGUGUCACAAUUAAUAUGUCAAAGAAUGAAACAAAGAGUACAAGUUUUAAAUGUUGUUGGUGCAUGGAUAUUUUGAAAGAACCUAUUCAAUUAUCGAGCACGUGUUCUCAUUAUGGAUGUGCCAGAUGUAUCAAUCUGUUAUUGAAUUUUGAAAAGUUGAAACGUUGUUGUGAUAAAUAG